CCAAAACAGAAAAGCUUUUCAGCCAUUGCGCGCCUCCCGGGGGUGCAGCCUCGGCUCCCAGCUUUUUGCAUAGACGCACGGGACCAUUGAAUUCAAAAAGGGCAGGCCUCCUUCGCCCUGCUUCCCACCCCCCUUCCUGCCCAGGGCGUGGAGCUCGGGCCAGGUGAGGGCUAGGGUGGUUGGUUACCGCCUUUUGCACCGGCGGCGGCGAGGAGGAGGAGGAGGGGGGUGGGGUGGGUGGGCGCUCUUUUUUUUUUCCCUUCGCAGGGAUUUUAGCACAGGUUUUCCCCUCGUUCUCACGGCCGCCCCACCUCGCCGCCUCCCGACCCCCCUUCUCCCCCUCCCCACCCAUCGUCAUGACGGCGUCUCCGGAUUACUUGGUGGUGCUCUUCGGAAUCACGGCUGGGGCCACCGGGGCCAAGCUGGGCUCGGACGAGAAGGAGCUGAUCCUGCUCUUAUGGAAAGUCGUGGAUCUGGCCAACAAGAAGGUGGGACAGUUGCACGAAGUACUAGUUAGACCGGAUCACUUGGAGCUGACGGAGGACUGCAAAGAAGAAACGAAGCUCGACGCCGAGAGCCUGUCCUCGGCGCCGCAGCUGGACCAAGCUCUCCGACAGUUUAACCAGUCAGUGAGCAAUGAACUGAAUAUUGGGGUAGGAACCUCCUUCUGUCUGUGUACCGACGGACAGCUUCAUGUCAGGCAAAUUCUGCAUCCUGAGGCUUCUAAGAAGAAUGUAUUAUUGCCUGAAUGCUUCUAUUCCUUUUUUGAUCUUCGAAAAGAAUUCAAGAAGUGUUGCCCUGGUUCACCUGAUAUUGAUAAACUGGAUGUUGCAGCAAUGACAGAGUGUUUAAAUUUUGAGAAGAAUAGUUCAGCCUCCCGGUAUGGAGCAUCUCAAGUUGAAGAUAUGGGAAAUAUAAUCUUAGCAAUGAUUUCAGACCCUUAUAAUCACAGAUUUUCAGAUCCAGAGAGAGUAAAUUACAAAUUUGAAAGUGGCACUUGCAGCAAGAUGGAACUUAUUGAUGACAACACAGUAGUCAGGGCACGAGGUUUACCAUGGCAGUCUUCGGAUCAAGAUAUUGCAAGAUUCUUCAAAGGACUCAAUAUUGCCAAGGGCGGUGCAGCGCUUUGUCUGAAUGCCCAGGGUCGGAGGAACGGAGAAGCCCUGGUUAGGUUUGUGAGCGAGGAGCACAGAGACCUAGCUCUGCAGAGACACAAGCAUCACAUGGGGAGCCGGUACAUCGAGGUUUACAAAGCAACAGGUGAAGAUUUUCUUAAAAUUGCUGGCGGUACAUCCAAUGAGGUGGCCCAGUUUCUCUCCAAGGAAAACCAAGUCAUUGUCCGCAUGCGGGGGCUCCCCUUCACGGCCACGGCUGAUGAAGUGGUGGCCUUCUUUGGACAACAUUGCCCCAUCACCGGGGGGAAGGAAGGCAUCCUCUUUGUUACCUACCCAGAUGGUAGGCCCACAGGGGAUGCUUUUGUCCUCUUUGCUUGCGAGGAAUACGCACAGAACGCACUGAGGAAGCAUAAAGACUUGUUGGGUAAAAGAUACAUCGAACUCUUCAGGAGCACAGCAGCUGAAGUUCAGCAGGUGCUGAAUCGAUUCUCCUCGGCUCCUCUCAUUCCACUUCCAACCCCUCCCAUUAUUCCAGUCCUACCUCAGCAGUUUGUUCCCCCUACAAACAUUAGAGACUGUAUACGCCUUCGAGGUCUUCCCUACGCGGCCACAAUUGAGGAUAUCCUCGACUUCCUGGGGGAGUUUUCCACUGAUAUCCGAACUCAUGGGGUCCACAUGGUAUUGAACCACCAGGGCCGCCCGUCAGGAGAUGCCUUUAUCCAGAUGAAGUCUGCGGACAGAGCAUUUAUGGCUGCACAGAAGUGUCAUAAAAAAACCAUGAAGGACAGAUAUGUUGAAGUCUUUCAGUGUUCAGCUGAGGAGAUGAACUUUGUGUUAAUGGGGGGCACUUUAAAUCGAAAUGGCUUAUCCCCACCGCCAUGUAAGUUACCAUGCCUGUCCCCUCCCUCCUACACAUUUCCAGCUCCUGCAGCAGUUAUUCCUACUGAAGCUGCCAUUUACCAGCCCUCAGUACUCCUGAACCCACGAGCACUGCAGCCCUCCACGGCGUACUACCCCGCGGGCACCCAGCUCUUCAUGAACUACACAGCGUACUACCCCAGCCCCCCAGGUUCGCCCAAUAGUCUUGGCUACUUCCCUACAGCUGCUAAUCUUAGCGGUGUCCCUCCACAGCCUGGCACGGUGGUCAGAAUGCAGGGCCUGGCCUACAAUACUGGAGUUAAGGAAAUUCUUAACUUCUUCCAAGGUUACCAGUAUGCAACCGAGGAUGGACUUGUACACACAAGUGACCAGGCCAGGACUCUAUCCAAAGAAUGGGUUUGUAUUUAAGGGCCCCAGCAGUUAGAUCAUCCUCAGAAAAGAAGUAUUUGAAAGAUGUAUGGAGAUCCUGAAACCUUCAGACAUAAGACAACUUCCAGCAACUUCAGGAGAAGUUUGUCUACACUCAGGCUGCAGUAUUUUCAGCAAACAUCACUGGACGGUGGGCAAAUGCCCUAUCUUUUGGUGGAAUGAAAAAUUUGAGCCAGUGAAGCCAAAUUCUCAUUGCAAGCAGCAUGCUUGGCUCCUUGCUCACUGCAAACAGGCAUUUGAAAUGUGAAUUUGAAAUUGGGUGUCUCCAUUACUACCAGCUAGUAUGGCAUCAUAGGUGUUUCCUAAGUUUUAAGUCUUGGGGGGAAAAAAGUACUCCACUAACAUCUGCCAUCUCCACCAGGAACUCUUUUCUGGAAGCUCCAUUUAUGUGUGUUCCCACUCUUCUCCCCAUCUUCUGCACAAUCACGUGCUCUUCUGAAGUAAAAAUAAUGUCUUGGAGUACGUAAGUCCCAGACUUACAAAAAGAAAUAAAGCUAUUAUUUUCCCAGUCUCUUGGCCAUCACAAUGUCUUACAGUUAAAAGCCACCAAAAAACUAUUUUUAAAACACCUUGGAAUAAGUGAGAAGAAAUGGCACACCCAUCACAAAACAUAUAUAGUUUAAAAGUUGCAAUUUUUUCUCAGUGGGUAUCAGUUGUAAAUAAAAAUGAACUAGGGGCCAAAAUAUAAAACCAAAAUGAAGCAGCUAUGUGUAGUUAUUAAUUUCUAGUUUGAACUGUAACUGAAUACUGUGGCUUCAUAUGUAUUAUUUUAUACUAUACUUUUCCCAUUAUUGAUGGUUUGGACUUUAAUAAGAAAUUCCAUAGUUUUUAAUAUCACAAAUGAGAAUAUUUGAACAGUGUAUUCUAGAAAGCAAUAUACUAACUAAAGUGAAUGCUUGUAUAUAAUAUAGCCUUAAUCCUUUUUCUCUAAUGCCUUAACUGUCAAAUAAUUAAAACUUUUAAAAAGCCUAGGGUUAUAGUCAGCAUGCUAGACUGAGAGGUAAACACUGAUUGAUGAGAACAGGUACUGAUGCUGUCAGUGUUUAGCACUAUGUGUUUAGCUGUGUUUAUGCUCCAGAAGUGCAAUAUUAGACACUAGCUAGAUAGUACUGCUGCCUCGUGUAACUCCAAAGAGAAAAAAACGGAAUUUGAUUAACCGAGUGCACAUGUUCCUUUAAGUUACUCUUAAUGUCCUUAGCUUGAAUGCAAUGCCAUACAGAUUCAUGUGGCUGCUAUUUUUAUUUACUUUGCAUUAUUUUGAUUAAUACCUUAAAUGGAAAGCCAAACAUUCCCUCUUCACUGACCAGUAAUGGCCCUUUAACUGCAGUAGGAAAAAUAAGAAAAACCAUGUUGUGUGAAAAUUGGUGAUAACUGGCACUUAAGAUCAUAAAAAUAGUUCUUUAUACUUGGCUGCCUUAAGAUGCUGUUUGCCCAGAGCUCUGAAAGACUUUAAGAUAGGCAGUAAUACUACAAUACUACUGAAUUUUUGUAGAAUUGUUACAUUUGAUAAUAAAACUUGCCUGUUGAAUCUCCA